GAUAGGGAAUGAAGAAAAUUUGUGGAAAUAAUGACUAAAUAUCCAAAAAUGAGCGUGACCAGUGGCCACACGUAGCGUACCACUGGUAAAUUUCAUUUUCUUCAUCAGAGAAUACUCUUCGAUCCAAAUGGCGGCGCUAUCUACGGUGGUCGGAGCGCAGCCGGCGAUCAAAAUCGUCGCUCUCUGCGGUUCUCUCCGCCAAAAUUCUUACAACAGAGGCCUCAUUCGUGCUGCGGCGGAGAUUGCGGAGGAGUCGAUCAAGGGCUUGGAAAUCGAGUAUGUAGACAUCUCGCCCUUGCCGAUGCUCAACACCGAUUUGGAGAUCGACGGAACAUUCCCGCCGGCCGUCGAGGCUUUUCGCCGGAAGAUUCUGGAAGCUGAUAGCAUCCUCUUUGCUUCGCCGGAAUAUAAUUACUCCGUCACCGCGCCAUUAAAGAAUGCUCUCGACUGGGGAUCAAGGCCACCAAACGUGUGGGGCGACAAAGCAGCAGCAGUGGUGAGUGCAAGUGGUGGCUCCAGUGGAGUACGAUCACAGUACCAUCUUCGCCAAAUCGGAGUUUUUCUCGACCUUCAUUUCAUAAACAAGCCCGAGUUUUUCUUGAAUGCAUUCCAGCCCCCGCCCAAGUUUGACGCCAACGGCGACUUGAUCGAUGCCCAGAUCAGGGACAAGUUGAAGGCUCUUCUCUUGUCCUUGCAAGCAUUUGCCUCGAGACUCCGACCAACCCGUAUAAAUUGAACCAUAUGCCUCAAUAAGUAUAUAUGUUAUUGUGUCAUGUGUGUGUAAUAUAGAGCAUUCUUGCAUAUGGGGAUAUAUGACUUUUUAGCUAAGUUUCUUUUGCUCUUCUAGAUCCUCAAGAAGGAAAUCUUGGAGGGAUAUGAAACUCCAUAAGCUCUACAAUUGGACUAAAAGAAUUCAGAGAAUACUAAAGCCCAAGUUUGGCCCAGAAGGGCAAUAGAUUCUCCAUGAUGUUGUGACAUUAAGCUCUCAAUCUCUUUCAUUUCCACUUUGAACUUGUACUUUUAGAUUAUUCUUGAAACUUUUCUGGA